CCUUAUACUGACCAAGGACUGAGGGAGAGAGAAGACGAUAAGCUAAGUCAAUGACUCACACAGACAGAUAAAACAACAACAAUAAAAGUUCUGAGGUAAUUAGAUCCAGUGGUGGACAGGGCCACAAUUGGUCUGGAUCUACAUGUAUAGUGAUCUAAAGUUAAGUCGAACUUAAAGUUUAUGCGAACUGAACUGGACUAAUCCAAACAGAGCUGAGCUAAGCAGGACCAGGACAAAGUGGGACCAUGGCAGCAACCCCUAGACGGGUUUACAAGAGGAGGGAGACCAUCACAGCCCUCCCUCUGUAUUACUCAGGACAGCUGCAGAAGAAAUACACUGGAGAGAAGGUAACGAACAGGAGAGAGAGAGAAUGGGGGACACCUGUUAAUUGACUACCUCAUGAAGCUGGUUGAGAGAAUGCCAAGAGUGUGCAAAGCUGUCAUCAAGGCAAAGGGUGGCUAUUUGAAGAAUCUCAAAUAUUACAUAUAUUUUGAUUUGUUUAACACUUUUUUGGUUAGUAUAUGGUUCCAUAUGUGUUAUUUCAUAGUUUUGAUGUCUUCACUAUUAUUCUACAAUGUAGAAAAUAGUAAAAAUUAACGAAAACCCUGGAAUGAGUAGGUCUGUCCAAACUUUUGACUGGUACUGUAUGUUAGAUUUUUUUAUACAUUUAAACAGAAACUAUACAUUGUACAACACUACACAAUACAAUGCCUUCAGAAAGUAUUCACACCCCUUUACUUUUUCCACAUUUUGCUGUGUUACGAAUUGGGAUUAAAAUUGAUUUAAUUGUUUGCUUUUUCAAUGAUAUACACAAAGUACUCUGUCAAAGUGGAAGAAAAAUUAUAUAUUUUAAAUAGGUUAAUGAAAAAUAUAACGAAUAUAUGUUGAUUAGAUAAGUAUUCAACCCCCUGAAUCAAUACAUGUAAGAUCCCCUUUUGCAGCGAUUACAGCUGUGAGUCUUUUUGAGUAAGUCUCCAGAGAUUUGCCCACCUGGAUUGUACAAUAUUUGCCAAUUAUUAUUUUCUACACUCUUCAAGCUCUGUGAAGAUGGUUGUUGAUCAUUGCUAGACAGCCAUUUUCGAGUCUUGCCAUAGAUUUUCAAGCUGAUUUAAGUCCAAACUGUAACUAGGCCACACAGGAACAUUCAAUGUCAUCUUGGUAAGCAACUCCAGUGUAUAGUUGGCCUUGAGUUUAAUUAUUGUCCUGCUGAAAGGUGAAUUUGUAUCCCAGUGUUGGAAAGCAGACUGAACCAGGUUUUCCUCUUGUCACGGAUUCUGCCGAGGCUGCUCCUCCUCCUUGCUCGGGCAGGCUUCGGCGGUCGCCGUCCCCAGAGUACUAGCUACCACCGUUAGAUGUUUCGAUGUUAGAUUGGUUUUGUCUGUCUAUUGCACCUGUGUCCGUUUGUGUCUGAUUAUGUGUCCUAUAAGUUGCCUGCUUUGUGUUGUUUAGUUUGUGUGUUAUUGUACGCCUGUCCGUUGGUGCUGCGUGUUUUUUCUCUGUUUGUUGUUUUGUAGUAUACGCACAGUUUGCGUAAUCGCUCGCCUCUGUUUAGUGUUGAGGCCGUUGUUUGUAUUUUUGCCUAGUGUUUACAAGUAAAGUCUGUUGGACUAAGCUUCGGUGUCCUGCGCCUGACUCCCACACCACAUUUACAUCAGCCCUUGACACCUCUAGGAUUUUGCAUGUGCUUAGCUGUAUUCCAUUUAUUUUUAUCAACAACAAAAAAACUCCCUAGUCAAUGACGAGCAUAUCCAAAACAUGAUGCAGCCACCACCAUCCUUGAAAAUAUGAAGAGUGAUACUCAGUGAUGUGUUGUGUUGGAUUUGCCCCAAACAUAACGCUUUUUAUUCAGGACAUAAAGAUAAUUUAUUUGCCAAUUUUUUUUGCAGUAUUACUUUAGUGCCUUAUUGCAAACAGGAUGCAUGUUUUGGAAUAUUUUGUAUUCUGUACAGACUUUCUUCUUUUCACUCUGUUAAUUAGGUUAGUAUUGUGGAGUAACUACAAUAUUGUUUAGCCAUUCUCAGUUUUCUCCUAUCACAGCCAUUAAACUCUAACUGUUUUAAAGUCACCAUUAGCCUAAUGGUGAAAUCCCUGAGAGGUUUCCUUCCUCUCCGGCAACUGAGUAAGGAAGGACACCUGUAUCUUUGUAGUGACUGGGUGUAUUGAUACACCAUCCAAAGUGUAAUUAAAUAACUUCACCAUGCUCAAAGAGAUAUUCAAUGUCUGUUUUUUUACCAAAAGGUGCCCUCUUCUUUGCGAGGCAUUGGAAAACCUCCCAGGUCUUUGUGUUUGAAUCUGUGCUUGAAAGUCACUACUCGACUGAGGGACCUAUUGUAUGUGUGGGGUACAGAGAUGGUAAAAAUCAUGUUUGGGAACCACAGUUUGGGAACCACUGCUGUAAUUAAACGUUAAACUUGUACACUGCCAGUUCUGCAGUCACAAUGAGACUGACAGAACGGCAUGUGACAAUAAAGAGACGACUGAAGUUUAAUUGUGAAGACAGUCCCAUUUUGUUAAAAUAUUAUUUGGCCAAUUUAUUAUAUUUGCCAUACUACCAGUCAAAAGUUUGGACACACCUACUCAUUCAAGGGUUUUCGUUAAUUUUUACUAUUUUCUACAUUGUAGAAUAAUAGUGACGACAUCAAAACUAUGCAAUAACACAUAUAGAAUCAUGUAGUAACCAAAAGUGUUAAACAAAUCAAAAUAUAUUUUAUAUUUGAGAUUCUUCAAAUAGCCACCAUUUGCCUUGAUGACAGCUUUGCACACUCUCGGCAUUCUCUCAACCAGCUUCAUGAGGUAGUCAAUUAACAGGUGUACCUUCUUAAAAGUUAAUUUGUGGAUUUUCUUUCCUUCUUAAUGCGUUUGAGCCAAUCAGAUGUGUUGUGACAAGGUAUGGGGGGAAUACAGAAGAUAGCCCUAUUUGGUAAAAGACCAAGUCCAUAUUAUGGCAAGAACAGCUCAAAUACGCAAAGAGAAACGACAGUCCAUCAUUACUUUAAGACAUGAAGGUCAGUCAAUACGGAACAUUUCAAAAACUUUGAACGUUUCUUCAAGUGCAGUCACAAAAACCAUCAAGCGCUAUGAUGAAACUGGCUCUCAUGAGGACCGCCACAGGAAUGGAAGACCCAGAGUUACCUCUGCUGCAGAGGAUACGUUCAUUAGAGUUACCAGCCUCAGAAAUUGCAGCCCAAAUAUAUGCUUCACAGAGUUCAAGUAACAGACACAUCUCAACAUCAACUGUUCAGAUGGGACUGUGUGAAUUACAUUUACAUUUUAGUCAUUUAGCAGACGCUCUUAUCCAGAGCGACUUACAGUUAAGUGAGUGCAUACAUUUUCAUACUGGCCCCCCGUGGGAAACAAACCCACAACCCUGGCGUUGCAAGCGCCAUGCUCUAUCAACUGAGCUACAGGGGACUACGACUGAAUCAGGCCUCUAUGGUCAAAUUGCUGCAAAGAAACCACUACUAAAAGGACACCAAUAAGAAGAAGAGACCUCCUUGGGCCAAGAAACACGAGCAAUGGACAUUAGACCGGUGGAAAUGUGUCCUUUGGUCUGGAGUCCAAAUUUGAGAUUUUUGGUUCACACCGAUGUGUCUUUGUGAGAUGCGAUGUGGGUGAACGGAUGAUCUCCGCAUGUGUAGUUCCCACCGUAAAGCAUGGAGGAGGUGUUAUGAUGUGGGGGUGCUUUGCUGGUGACACUGUCUGUGAUUUAUUUAGAAUUCAAGGCACACUUAACCAGCAUGGCUACCACAGCAUUCUGCAGCGAUACACCAUCCCAUCUGGUUUGGGCUUAGUGGGACUAUCAUUUGUUUUUCAACAGGACAAUGACCCAACACACCUCCAGGCUGUGUAAGGGCUAGUUUACCAAGAAGGAGAGUGAUGGAGUGCUGCAUCAGAUUACCUGGCCUCCACAAUCCCCUGACCUCAACUCAAUUGAGAUGGUUUGGGAUGAGUCGGACCACAGAGUGAAGGAAAAGCAGCCAACAAGUGCUAAGCAUAUGUGGGGACUCUUUCAAGACUGUUGGAAAAGCAUUCCAGGUGAAGCUGGUUGAGAGAAUGCCAAGAGUGUGCAAAGCUGUCAUCAAGGCAAAGGGUGGCUAUUUGAAGAAUCUCAAAUAUAAAAUAUAUUUUGAUUUGUUUAACACUUCUUUUGGGUACUACAUGAGUUUGAUGUCUUCACUAUUAUUCUAUACUGUAGAAAAUAGUAAAAAUAAAGAAAAACCCUUGAAUGAGUAGGUGUGUACAUUAAAUACAUUUUCCGAUGCCUUUCACAUAUUGUGAAAUAUAUUUUACACACAUUUAUAUAUACAUUAAAAAAUAUAUAUUAAAUAAUAAAUACAAACAUUAUUUGGCCAAUUUUGAAUAUUUCACAUUAACUAAAAAAUUUAUCAAAAAAUAUAUUUUAAAUUAAUUUUUUCAUGUAUGGGGAGGGAGAGAGAAAGAGAAGGUUAGUGAACUGGAGAGAUUUAUCAAAGUUAGAUAUAGAAAUAUAUACUUAUAUCAAAGUAAAUCAAUUCAGUUGGGCUGUUGGGCAUGUUUCUGCAAGUGUAGAGCAGUGGACAUCAUGUUGAAUCUGGUUUGGCCUUUUCCAGGACUUUAAGAACUUUUAUGGGGAGCUCCGUGGAUCUACAAUCUUUCUGUACAGAGACGAGAUGCAUGACACAGUAAGAGAAUAGCUGCACUCAUCUAAUCUCUGUUGUUUUGUAUCAAGUGUUGGAAUCGAUCUAUGGCUUGACUAAUCAGAUAUGUAAUUCCCUAUCAGUACUCAGAGAAACUGAACCUUCAGAUGUUGAAGUCGAUGGCGAUGGAUUCUUCCUAUCAAAACAACAGGUCAACCAUCUACACUCUCACCCUGUCCAAUGAGGAAGUGCAGCUAAAGGUCAUUUAUGUUACAUUCAGUCACGUUGCUGCCACUCCUAAGCAGAAUGUGUUACUGGCCAAUAUAAAAGUGGUUGCACAAUCCUGCAGAUUUACAUUACAGGUAUCUAGGACAGGAGUACUAACUGUUGAUAUCUGAUGUAGGUGGAUAACCCCAACACAGGAGAGGAGUGGAGAGGCUUCAUCAUGACUGUGGCCACUGUGAGUAACACACACACACACACACACACAUUGGGCUGUCAGGGUUAAAUACUCAUUCUGACCCACUUUCCUGAGAGGUAAUUAAGAAGAGAACUUCUAGAUUAAACUAAAGAGCAAAGUAAAUAUAAACUUCCAAUUUAUUUCACUGGAACGUGAUAGCAGACAGAGAGAAAAUACAUAAACCUUAGUAUACCUUAGCUUUAAGCAUUUUUGGGUGAUGAUGAUGAUGUGCCCUGUAGAAGGAGAUCCCCAGUAAGCUGCAGCUGCUCCCAGGUCAGAUACUGAGGCUGGAAGAGGUUCUGUCUGAGGAGAAGAAGAGACAGGCCCCACGUCCUCCCCUGCCUCCCACCACCGACCAUAUCCAUCCCUCCUCAGGAGACAUAUGACGACGCCCUCUCUGGAAUCCCCCCGUGAGUAUUGCCAUGUUUCUGUUCAUUAUUUUGAUACAAAAUGUAUUUAUCUCCCUGUCUCCUCUCACCCUCCUUUUCUCCUCCUCCCUCCAGCUGUUUCUUCCCUGUGUCUCGUCAGAAGGCAGAGAAUAUGUUGAAGGACAACACAAAGUACGGCAGCAUCAUUCUCCGCCCCUCGACUGACAACACUAACUACGCCAUCACCUUGAGACAGGACCACCCCAGGUCUUGAACAUAAACACCAAACCCCUGACCUUUAACCCAGAACUCCAACACCCCGUAACUUACAGGCCUAAAGUUUCUCCCCCCUUCACUAAACAAGCCUUUAUUGACAACAGUACCCUAUACCUAUCAUACAACAGUGUCUCUGGCUGAGGGAGUAGGGAGUAGACUUUGAGAGUACUCUUGAGAUUUACCAGACUCUUUCUAUCUUUCAGUGGCCCAGUGAUGAAGAACUACAAAGUGCUUUCCAUAGACACAGGCUUCGUCAUAGAACUAGAUGCCCCGGUGAGUCCUGCUCCUCCAGCCUGAUUCCUGUAUUGAAUGUCUGACUCUCAUCCCAUCAGGAUGGGCUCAAAACACAGCACUGAUAUGAGACAACACUCUGUAUACGCUUAGUGUCUUGACAGCCCGUCAAGUUGCUUUUGUGAAAUUACAUUUGUCCGAUGUCUGCUUCUGAUAUGAGGUAACUUCCUAAUGUCUGUCCAUUUCAUCAGGUGACUGUCCCUUCCCUGGAGGCAGUGCUAGAUCACUUCCUGAAGGCGACAGAGUUCCGUCUGCACCCAUACCUGGUCCCCCAGCCCUACGACACCUGCAUUGGUGAGAGAGCAUCACAACACCACAAAUAAAUUGAUUCACCGCUUAAGGCUAAACUUAUCCCCAUAACGAUCAUAUCAUUACAUCUGUGUGUGUAACGUGUGGUGACCUGUGCCCAUCAGAUUUGCCACCCGCAUUGCACUGUUUUCCACCCAAAAUGGUCCCCCAGGCGAGAGUGGCACCUAUGAUCCACACAAAGUCUGCGACAGGGAGCACCCCUCCCUCCUUUCCCAAACCCCCACUGCCAAUCAAAGCCACAGAGGCAGGAAACAAAUAUCAGGGUGCAUAUGAAGUAUCAACCCCCAGGUGUGUGUGUCACAAUCAACUUCAGAGCAUCAGUGUGUUUACAAUAGAUGUGGGUGCAGUCUCAGACUUGUAAGUUCUCUUCAGUCCGUCUCUACUCUCUGUCUCCGUCUCUCCAGACCCCAGACCUGAAGACCUGGAUUAGGAGCUCCGCAGAGCAGUACAGAAGAGGAUGAAACAAGACCUACACAGGGGCAGUUUUCACAUGCUACACACAAAUAACACACACACAGCAACACUCUCACAGAGGAACACACUUGAUCUAUAGCAUCUAGCAUGGUUUUAUUUCUCACAGUGGUUUUGUACCCAAAGGUAACGUUGGCGAGGCAACAUCCUGUCAAUCAUCCUUGUGAAGAUGUGUACACUGUAGUAUUUUACAUUUUAGUCAUUUAGC